UCUCUUAUCAGACGUCAAACAAAACAACAACAAGUUGUUCUUAUCACAGUGUUGUUGUCUAUUUUUCCUCAAGUUUAUCCAUAUUUUUAAUAGUUGUUUGUGCAUCUAGAAGUGAAAUUUGUGCUGAUCGUAACAGUUAAACAUGUUGCGUGUUUAGGGAAAUUUUUGGGCAAAACUUAUCCAUCCAAACAAUUAUGUUAUCUUCGUUCACGGAAGGGCCCCGAUUCGGAGCCCCGGGCACCAGCGUCCCUUCCAGUAUGGGCGGAACGGGCGUCGGAGGUCUGGAAACCGUAAGCUGCUUGUCGCGUCGUAGUGCUUGGGUUCGAGAGUAUCGCGAUCUGCAGGCUAAUGUGAUGUCCGUUGAUUGGAGCGGGUCUUGGAUUUUGCUGGCCGGAAGACGCCAACUUGCCCUGCAAUCGAUCAGAGAUUACGAGAUGCACGAUUCCCCGGUAAUGUUGAGCAGGGAUGAUGGCAACGGUGGAAGCCCAGGGGGAUUGAGCAAGUUUCCACGGCCUUGGAAGUAUGAAGUUUCGGCUGCUGAGUGGGCCAUUUGUAAGGACAGUCAGGAAUAUUGUGCCAUUGCAACGAGUCAGACAAUAGAAGUGCUAACGUGGGAAUCCGGAAAGCCAACGAUUAAGCAUUCCCUGAGGGCACACACCCGUAUGAUUACGGAUAUCGAUUGGCACUCGAAGAUACCGCAUCUGCUGGCCAGCUGUUCCAUUGACACGUUUACGCAUUUGUGGGAUCUGCGCGAUCCGAGAAAACCGGUGCUUUCCUUGAAUGCGGUUUGCAUGUCCGGUGCCAGCCAAGUGGGCUUUAACAGGGUCUCGGGGAACUUGGUGGCAACAGCUCACGAUGGCGACCUGAGGAUCUGGGAUCAACGCAAGGGAUCGUGCCCUAUUCAGUACAUAACGGCCCACUUGUCGAGGAUCCAUGGAAUCAAUUGGAGUCAUGAUCACGAAACCAGCUUGUCGACGGCCAGCCAGGACGGAACGGUGAAAUACUUCGACAUUAAUAAUCCAAGACGAGCGGAGAAGAUCAUAACAACCUCUAGUCCUGUAUGGAGGGCUCGUUAUACGCCAUUCGCCGAUGGGUUGGUCACAAUAAGCGUUCCUCAUCAGGGAAGAGGAGAAAACAGUCUCCUGAUGUGGAACAACUCCCGUCAAGACGCUCCAAUCUGUUCGCUAAUCGGUCACACAGAUGUGGUUCUGGAUUUCGCUUGGAGACGAACGAGCUUGACCGGCACCGAUCCGGAACUAAUCACCUGGUCUCGGGACCAAACCAUGCGAAUCUGGCGAAUAGACGAAGAAAUCCGGAAACUCUGCGAACGCUAUCCGAUGGAGGAAGAUGACGGAUUGAUCAUCGAAGAGGGCGUGAACCUCUCCAGGGUCAAUUCGGGAAACAAUCUCAAAAGUCCCACCCGAGAAAAGCAACCGUCAGUUUCACUGCAGCACGAGUUCUCACUGCUAAAUCCAAAUAUCCCACACAUAGACAUUGAGGUUUUGGAUCCGGUUAAAAGAACCGCCACGGUUCGAAUCUCCGUCAACGGUUACGUGAUCAUGUUGCAGGUCAAUUUCCCACUUCAAUACCCGAACAAUGGCAUCGGUCCCGAAUUCACCUACUGUCAGGGAACUUCCAUUGACGACGACAACCUAUCCGUUUCCCUGAUGAAAGUUCUCCGGGCCACUGCAAGUCAACGCGUGAAAAAAGGAAGGACCUGUUUGGAGCAGUGCCUCCGAGCGUUGGUCACCCAGCUGAAAAAUUCCUCCAACAAUGGAGACAAGCACUUGCGGCUGCAAUCACCUCGCUUGGAAGGUGCCCUCAGCAGUGCCCUGCACGAUGCUUGUAUCCCAUUCCCAAAGACUUCCGGUGCUCGGUUUAGCCAGGUCGGAAUACUGGUCACCUUUUCCCGGCCACUGAAUACCAAACGGAUCAGCUUGAAGCAUCAGAAUACUACGCCCAGGGCGCUGUCGGCUCUCAGCGGUGGUUAUCUGGGAAAUGUGAUGGGAUCGCAGCCGAUUUUGUAUGCACAUCGAGACCCGAGUGCUUCUUCGUUCUACGUUCAUGAUAGGCAAAAAACUUCUCGAAACCGCGGAACACAACCGAAGGUCUGCGUUGCAACGGUUAACGUGUACGACAUUUCAAAAAUAUUGUACGUAAGCAAAGAACUUGCCGAGAACUACAUCGUCAACACUACAAAUGUGGCAGAAAUGUGUCGCCACAAUAAGGAAGUGGCUGAAAAGUACGGCCGUCCAGACCUGGUCCAGUGUUGGUCGCUGGCGGAAAUGAUCGCACAACCCAACAACGAUUUCGACGCGGACGACGACAUGCUUUGCUCGCAGAAUCCCUUCGCCAAGAGCCUUCUGGAGUCGCUCAUAAGCCACUUUGCCAGAAUCUACGACAUCCAGACGGCGGCCAUGUUAUGCUGCGCCUUUGGACGGCACUGUCCAUCCCUGUACGAACUGUCGCGCAGUUCCAGUUCCAGCAGCAAAUCCGUCAACCAAAGCCACUUUCUUAGUGGUCUGCGCAAAAUCAAGCCAAGUGGAUCACCAUACCAUACGAUCCUGCCCGUGGAUAGUGCCAAUUCUAGCAACGUGUGGAACCUUGCCCAGCAACUAAAGCACCUGCGGAGCAACUCGUGGUCGGAUUCGUUGGACGACUGUCGCAUUGCUGGAAUAGGAGACAUCAAUCGGAGUCUGCUCGGCGAUAGCAAUCGAUACCUGUACGAUAACUUCAAACGUGCCUAUGCGGAAAUGCUGUAUCGCUGGGGUUUGCUGGUGACCCGAACGAAGAUUCUGAAGUACCUGUCCAGCUACGUGGAUCCGCCUCGAUGCGUGGAGUUCGUGACGGAGUGUCCCCUGUGCUGUCGGAUCGGAUCACCGGCUUGCUCCACGUGUAAGAAACCAGUGCUGUACUGUACGCUCUGCCGGCUUCCGGUGCGUGGAGCUGCCAACGCGUGCCUUCACUGUGGCCACGGGGGCCAUACCGAGCACAUGCGCAUAUGGUUCGACAAGUACGACGAAUGUGCCACGGGCUGUGGGUGCCAUUGCUUGCAGAAAAGUUCGGCGUUAUGUAACCUGAACUGAGGUAAGCCCUGUUUUUUAUUUGAAUAGAUUCUAUAUUAUUGUAA